AUGGCGAGCACGGCGGCGUCGGUGGCGGCGAAGGCGUGGUGGACGGUGGCGAUGAGCGUGGGCGCGGUGGAGGCGCUCAAGGACCAGUCGGGCCUCUGCCGCUGGAACUACGCGCUCCGCUCGCUGCACCUCGCCGCCAUGGACAGCCUGGAGCUGCACGGCGGUGGCGGCGUCGUCACUGCCAUUAGGAGGAAGCUGCGGCGAUCAGCGGCGGCGGCGGCAGCGGCGGCAGAGAGGCCGGAGGAGGAGGGGAUGAGGACGGUCAUGUACCUCAGCUGCUGCUGGGGCCCUAGCUAGACUCAUAGCUCGAUCACUCUCUUGCUGCUUUUGCUUGUGGAUUUUCAUAGUUAGCUUUACUUGGCAUCGGAGCUGGCUAGGCUUGCAUCAAGAUGCUGAUUAUUCUCUGUAAAUCUUCUGUCAUGGUGGUGAUUACUUGAAUCGCAAAAAUCAAA